CGAACGGAAAUGAACUGGAGGUUGCAUUUCACAGUCUCUGCAAGGAAAAAUGUGCUUCAGACUGCCAGUUUACAGAGAUUAAUUGGAUGGAGGUUUCUGGAUCUCUGGAUGUAUGCCCAGCAUCAGCAUUUUAGAAAUUCUUCCAAUCUGACAGCCUGCAAAAAUCUUCCCUUACUUCCAUUAAGAUCUGUCCUCUGCUUUCCUCAUGGAAAACAUUUGCUGCAGAAGACUUCAGAAAGUAGCUUAAAAAACACAACAGACUUGUCUGGAAUAAGGGUCCAGGGAGUAAGGUUCUUGUCCCUAUCCACAUUCUCAAGAGUAUUUUUUGGAAUUGGCCGAGGAGGAAAUAACGGUGGAAAUAAGAAGCUCAACCUAAGAGAUGUGAUGGAAUACAUCCAGAAGAAAGAAUGCCAUAGGAUAGUAGUGAUGGCUGGAGCAGGACUCAGUACUCCAAGUGGGAUUCCAGAUUUCAGGUCUCCUGGGAGUGGGCUAUACAAUAACCUUCAGCAGUAUAAUAUUCCAUACCCUGAAGCCAUAUUUGAACUUAGCUACUUUUUCCAGAAUCCCAAGCCUUUCUUCAGGUUAGCUAAGGAAUUGUACCCUGGCAAUUACAGACCAAACUAUGCCCAUUAUUUUCUUCGACUUCUGUUUGACAAAGGGCUCCUUCUGCGCCUCUACACACAAAAUAUUGAUGGGCUGGAGAGAGUUGCUGGAAUUCCUCCAGAUAAACUAGUUGAAGCUCAUGGCACAUUUGCUUCUGCUACGUGUACUGUCUGUCGAAGAUCAUAUGCAGGAGAAGAUUUCAGGGGAGCAUCACCCUUACCCCACAUCUCUCAUGAGACAAUCCCAGAUCAUUAUCAUCUUUUCUCACAUAACAGUGAAGUUAGCAGUGUGAUUCCUGCAAAAUGCAAGGCGGACAUUGAUAAAGGCAAAGGCAACCAGCCA